UUCUUUCUUUCAAAAUGGCUCCGACCCGGAAUAUUCUCGGAUUUUUGAAUCCGAAAACCUUGAGUGCAGUUAUAACUAGUAAUAUUUCCAAAACUCCAUGCCGAUUUAUACACAAGUGCAAUAAGUGUAACAAUUUCUUAGGCGGUCCGGCGAUAUCAGCUGCUAUAGUUCAUAAAAAUCUCAAGUAUAACAUUGGGUCCAGACCGCGGUACUUCCACUCUUCUUACGGGUUGAACGCGCGCGUGGAUUACUACAAAGUCCUAGGCGUUGCAAAGAAUGCUUCUGCCAAAGAAAUUAAGAAAGCGUACUACGACCUCGCUAAGAAAUACCAUCCUGACGCCAAUAAAUCUGAUCCUGAGGCUUCACGAAAAUUCCAGGAGGUGUCUGAAGCUUAUGAAAUCCUAUCUGAUGAAGGAAAGCGCAAACAAUAUGACACCUUCGGCACAACCUCGGACCAGAUGGGCGGUAUGGGUGGACCAAGUGGCCCAGAUGGGUUUACUCACCAAUGGCAGUAUAAAUCCACCAUAGACCCUGAGGAACUCUUCCGGAAGAUCUUUGGAGAUGCAGGCUUCAAGAGUAAUGCUUUCAGUGAUUUUGCCGAAAGCCAGUUUGGCUUCGGGGCUGCUAAAGAGGUGAUAGUAAACCUUAGGUUCACGGAAGCGGCCCGCGGCGUCAAUAAAGACAUAAACGUGAACAUUGUGGACACAUGCCCCAAAUGUCAGGGGUCCCGCUGUGAGCUCGGCACUAAAGCCAUCAAGUGUACCUACUGCAAUGGCACUGGAAUGGAGACCUUCUCUAGAGGCCCAUUUGUGAUGCGUUCCACAUGUAGACACUGUCAUGGAACCAGGAUGCUGAUCAAAUACCCGUGUGUGGAGUGCGAGGGCAAGGGUCAAUCUGUACAACGCAAGAAGAUCACAGUUCCCGUCCCAGCGGGGGUGGAGGACGGGCAGACAGUCCGUAUGGCUGUGGGCAAUAACGAAGUAUUCGUAACCUUCAAGGUGGAGGCCUCCAACUACUUCCGCCGUGACGGACCUGACGUACAUACUGAUUGUGCUAUUUCCGUAGCUCAAGCAGUUUUGGGUGGAACAGUCCGGAUACAAGGCGUGUACGAAGACCACACUCUUCAGAUAAUGCCUGGCACCUCCUCGCAUAGCACGGUCCGUCUUUCAAGGAAGGGCAUGAAGAGAGUCAGCCAGCACGGGUAUGGAGACCACUACGUGCAUAUCAAAAUACAGGUACCAAAGUCGCUGUCGGAGAAACAGAAAGCGUUAAUGUACGCAUACGCGGAGCUCGAAGAAGAUACGCCGGGUCAGAUCCACGGAGUUUCCUACGAUAGAGACGCCAAGUCGAAAACUGGCAGUAGCACAAAUGAGAGUGAAAAAGGUAGUGAAAAGAUUCACCCUUUGAACCGAGACCAGGAUGACCCGACGCGAGGCAAAUCAAAGGCGUGGACCUUUCUAGAAGGUCUCGCUGACUCUUAUAGGGACAACAAACCAUUUUUCGUAGUCGGCUUUGUCUUAUCCGUUGUAGUAUGUCUCUUAACUUUAUUCAGCGACCCAGAAGACAGUUUUAAGUUGCGCGAGUACAUGAUACACAAAGAGUUUGAAGGCCAAGAGAUGGACAAGACUUUCGGGUAUGAAAGGGCUAUUCAGAAAGAGAGGGAGAAAAAUCCAGAAUUAUAUGACGCGUGAACGAAUGGAAUGAACUUUCCGUGAUUACCCUUACUGGUACAGAUAUCAUGGGCUAAUAUAGUUGAUAUGUGACUGUUUCCGAAUUGCCAUACGCCAGAACCAUCGAUUAGACAGUUGAAUUUGUUAGUUUGCAUUAUGCAAUGCAAUUUUAAUCGAAUUCAUGAGUGAUCGAUCAAUUACAAUGUAGGUAGUUAUUCAAUAUAAAAUAUUACUAAAACAAUAUUACAAAUUAUACAAAUAAGCUAUCGGUACCAACGCGGCUUGUAUGCGCGCGCAUCAUACGCAUAGAAAGAAAGAACAUUUAUUAUUUACGAAAGCCAGAGACAAGACAGGUACAUUACAUUUGACACAGGCAGGACACAAUCCACACGGAAAAUAAACAUAAAAACUAAGGUAAAAAAAUAUUACAACAAAAAAGAAGAAUCAAAAUUAAAAAUAAAAUAUGUUAAUAAAAUCGAGUACUAAAACUUGACUAGUUUAUGUUACGCACACUGACAAAUCUUUUAUUCGACGCGUGUAAUGUAGACAUUUGAACAGAAAUAAUUUACGUAGUUCUAAUCAAUGAUAAUGUUAUCAAAAGUAAAUUAUUUUCACUCGAAAGGUGUUAUGGCUGAAGAGAAGAAAAGGCGGGGGUCUCGACAGCGAGCGAGCACUAGAGCCCGACCGAAAUCGAAACGGAUACGGAAACCUCGGCAGCGCUCACGGUUUCGGCCGAAAUCCUAGCCGAAUCCGAAACUUUCUCUAACUUUGCUCACUGUACGUAACCUAGAAUGAAAAGCUCACAAGUGCAGUUUUUUUUAACAAAUCUUACGUUGUACUUUGACAGUCUAAUAACCGAAAGUAGCUGAAACGUGAAUGUAACAUGCGACCAUCAUCGGUAAACUACCUUUUUAUAAGUACAAUAUUUAGUACCAGACAAACAAUUUUUGUUAACAUUUUUAAUUUUGUAUUUUUUUACAUUUUGUUACAAAAAUAUAUCUUUCAAGAGUGAUUUAAAUUGUCUGUCAUAAUUAGUAAUAAACCGUGUUUGGUACCGUUUCUAAGUCGUUAAAAAACUCGGGAAUAUUCAGGGAAACAGUCACAUAUUAUAAAACAAUUAUACUGUUAGUAAACUUUAGCAUUUUAGACAACAUUAUUAAGAGCGAUGUUACAUAUUUCAAUCAUUCGUCUAUCAAUCAUGACUUACGAUUCAAAGAAAAAUUGGUUUUAUUAUUACUGUCCGAUGAUUGUUAUUUGUACAGGUUGUACAUUGAUUGUCAAAAGAUCAAGCCAUGGUGUUUUGUCAAUCAGGAUAUGGCACAUACAAAUAAUGAACACAAUGUAGUAGUGAUAAGGUCGAUUUUUCUGAAAUUCGUCGGCACUGAUUUUGUAGGCGCGUGUUUGAAAGAUGUAAUAAACACGUGCAUAAAUUGUUACUUAAAACUCACAAUUGAAUCGUUUUACACAAUGUAUUUAGUGACGUCAUAUUUAUUUUGUUGUGUCCUAUAAUGCAAUAUAGGAUGGUUGUAAAUAUUAUUAUUUAUAAUGAAAGAGAUUUUAUAAGUGAUAUAUUGUUUUUGAAUGUGCUGUGUAGUCAUUUGACGGGAUAUAGUAUGAUGGUUAUCGUAAGUUAUGAUUGUAAAUCGUUUCAUGAAUACACGAAAAUUUAAAAAAAUA